GAGAGCAAGGUGUGUGAGGAGCAGCUGAGGUCCUGUGGUGCGUUCAGCCUAGUGUAAAGGAGUUGAGGUGAGGCCUGAUGGUGGCUGCAGCUCCUCACAGGGAGCAGACGGGCAGUGCUGAGCUCUGCUCUGUGUGACAGCAAUGGGGCUUGAGGAAACGGCUUGGAGCCAGGGCAGGUCAGAUUGGGGGUUAGGAGAAGGUGGUGUGGCUCUGGAAGAGGCUGUCCAGGGCACUAGUAAUGGCCUUAAGCUGCCAGAGUUCAAGAGCCACUUGGACACCACUCUCAGACAUAGUGUUUCAUUUUGGGUGAUGCUGUGUGGAGGCAGGAGUUGUACUUGAUAUUCCUUAUGAGUCCUUUCCAACUUGGUAUAUUCUAUGAUUUGUUAUGUCAAUAACGUUUUCAAUAAGGAUAAUCUAUUAAUGGUUAGCUACAUUUCCACCACAAGCAAAGAAGAAAAAACACAUCACAUUAGGACAUCCCUCAGGGUCAUACAAAGGGCACAACCUCUUCAUCCACCGUAGCCAGGCUGGCUGGCCAGUGACUGGCUCAUCUGAAAACUGAACUCAAUACAUUUGUGUGAAAUUCAGUAUAAACGGUGAGAUGUUGAAGGCUGAAAGACCAUGCAUAUGUAGGAUUUAAAAUGUUAUUAUCUCUAGCACAACAUCAAGGCAUGUUCCAUCAUUAAUGAAAUCUUAGAGUGGAAAGAAGACGCUCAAUCACUUCUCCUGGUUUUUCUUGCUAACCACAACAUUGAGUUGCAAGCAAGUGAAAAAAAAAACAAACCUUGUAAAAGCUCUCAGGUUUUAGAUUUUGCUGAACUUGUUUGGAAAACACUUAAUUUAGACUCCCUUAGUUUUUAAUCAAUCUAGUUGAAGAAAUUAUUCUUUUGGCUGCUUUCAGCUGCUUUCACUGGAAACUUGAGUUAAGGGCAAAUUAUAGCUCUCUGAUUGCUACAGACUGGAAAACCUUCCCCUUUUUCACUCAUAGCAGCUUACUUCUCUAUUUCUAAUCACAGCUGUUGAGUAGUUUGUACUGGACAAGGAAAUCGUGCAUAGAAUCUGAUUUCAAAUUGUUUUCCAAUAAAGUUUAAUAGGUAAUAGUUUUAGGUUGGAUUAUUAUUUUUUUUCCCCAGACAGCUCCAUUUUGAAUGCCAUCUGUACAUUGUGAUUCAGAGACAAGAGACUCAGAUAUGAAUAAUGUUUGAUCUACAUCUGGCAAGCACAACUGCUAUCAUUAAACUGGGCUUUUAUGAGGCUUGUUGCAUGUUCAUAAGCAAACUUAAAGCAAAUCUUAAUGGAUAAUGAAGUUAGAAUUUCUACUAAGCUGGCACAGUUGAAAUGAGGUUACAAGAGAAUCAAAUUCAGUGUAAAUAAGUUGGAAGUACAGAAGAAAUAAGUUAUCAUUUUAACAAAGAAUCAUAUGUAAAAAUAGUCAAAUAAGCACAACUUCUUUAUCAUGCAGAAAAGUCAAUCACAACAUGGCAAGCAUGGCAUUUGUGGUAAAUGGAUGGCCAUAGAUUUCUCUUAUUUCCCAUAAUUGUCAUGGAAUCAAUCUCAAAAUCACCAUUUUGUAUAACAAUCCAUUCAGUUCUGUUUUUAUUUCAUCAUCAGAUCUUAAAUUAACUUGAUGACUUUCAGCAUCUGGGAAUUAGGGAAGGACAGUUUUGUUUAAUCUCAUUGGAGAAAGGUCAGUCCUUGCUAGCAAAGCUAUUUCCUCUUCCAUUAACAUAAGACCUUGCUAGGCAAACAAAAUUGAAUUGAACUUGCCAGAUUUAACAAUCAAGCCUAGUUACAGAGAAAAAAAAAAAAAAAAAAAAAAAAAAAAAAAAACCAGGUUAUUUUCUACAAUCAAAGGGCUUUUUCCUACAUGCAAAAUCCAAGCAACAGUUCUCCUGAAGACCGGGGCUAUACAGGAGUUCAAGGAUACCAGAUACCUUCCCUUUGGUUGUGGAGGAAGAAUUUUGCUUGCAGAGGCAGUGGAAUGCUUCAUGACCUUUGGAGCAAAGCAUCAUGGCGGUCUGCAUAUUCUUUCUUUAUGCCAUAAUACUUCUCCCAGGUAUUGCUGCCAAUGUACGUCAUGUGAAGUCAUUUCUCAAUCACACUGCGUACCUAUCUUGCUAUUUCCCAAACUCUCAGAAAAGCGACAUAAGAAAUAUAAUAGUUUUUUGGCAAAAACAUACGGGUGAAGUGGUACAUGAAGUUUACCUCGGCCAGGAAAUACAUGAUCACCUUGAUCCUAAAUACAUAAAUCGUACCAAGAUGGAUAUGGACAAAUGGACUUUGCAAUUGUUAAAUGUCGGGAUUGUGGAUGAGGGGCAGUAUAAAUGUAUUAUUAUGCACGUGGACAAGGGACCAAAAAAGCUCAUACAUGAAUCUGAGUGCGUACUGAACAUCACUGCCAACUAUAGUCAGCCUGUGGUAGCACAGCUACACGCUGGGAAGCCAAAGCCCAAUGAGAACCUGAAUCUUUCCUGUUCUUCCAGCGGAGGUUAUCCAGAGCCCAAACAAAUGAUUUGGCUAAUUUCAAGAGAAAAUGUAACAGAUAGGCUUGAACGACAGAUGGAUGUCUUACAGGAUGCUGUAACAAAGCUGUAUAACGUUACCACCAAGCUGAAUAUCCCAGUUCCUACAAAUACACUCACUAAUAUUAGCUGUUUGCUUCACCUUGGAGAGCAGCAGGGGAGUCUUGUCUCAGUGCCGCUAGUCAUAGAGAUACAAGCAGAAGAAAUGGAACUGGUGAAGGUAAAUUUCUUUGGCCCACUUAUAGCUGUAAUUGUACUGAUCACAAUCCUUCUGGGUUUUUUGAUAUUGAAGAACAGAAAUAUCUCAUCUACCAGCCAUAGUGUCGGUCUCACAGUCUAAAAAGUACUCAGCUUGAAAUAAGAGGCCAGCAGCUAUAGACUGCUGACUGGGAACCAUUUCUGCACAUAGUGAGGCCUGUGGUCCCAUUGUUUCAGAUGCUGUACCAGAACAAGAAUCCUCUCUAAAUACCCUGCAGAACAACAUGGAAUAUUUUCAUCUGAUGACUGAAGUCUACUGUCUGGUAUUUCUAGCUUUAUUUUUGCUACAGAACAGUAGCAAAUGCAAUACUCUGUCUCCAUGAGUUUCUCUUACACUUUGGGGAAAGCUCUUCAGAUUUAAUGGGCUUUUUGGUCAAACAGUUGUCAGUGUUCACCUCAGCCUUCUACAUUAUUAAUUGGUACAUACAUGAAUUUUUCUGGCUCCUGGUGCAGUUACUCUGGCUGCAGUUCUGAUCACUAGGAGGAAAUGCCAAUUUGGGCCUUCCUGCAUUCAGUGGCUUGGUUCACUUCUGCACGGGCUAAUGUGGUUUUGCCUCCUAUGAUACUAGAUAUGAAGAACUGAAUUUAGUGAUGCCAUUAAAUCUGGAAAGAGGAGAUGAGCGUCUUGUCAACAGUAACAAAUAAACAGAGAAGCACAGCAAGCAGUUGUACUUAUAACUCCAACUGUUAUAAGUACAAAAUAUCUUCUUUUCAUUGUUCUCUUUUGUUUUGCUUUUUUCUGGGAUUCCUCCACCAUUUGACAAGGCCACAGAAAACUGCUAAGCACUUAGCAGCACUACUAUCACUGGUUAAGUGGCAGGAUUUUUAAGGGCAGAGGCUGGCUUGGGAGAAUCCUGAGUGUCUGCAUAAGGAGAAGCUGUUUAAAAGUCUAAGUGCUCCCAAGAUCCUGCAGUCUUCAGUUGUACGGUUGGAUUUGACAACUGUGAUUGUUUUUGCUCUAUCUUUCAUUAUGCUCUAUGACACUGUAAAAUGCUGUCAGUGAGAGUCAGUGAAGAGCAGAACAGCAAGGAUUGCAGAAGUGAAUGUCUCAGAAAUAGAAAGAGUUAGGCCACAACAUGUGAAUCAUUGCCCUUGCUGGAAAUACGAUCAGAGUCAGGGUAUUUAAUUAUGAACCAUAAAUGCUCUGGGCUUUGUAUGACUUUGUACCAGCAACUUUCUUGUGAACUCCAUGGUAGAAAAAGGAACUUUUUCUAAGGAGGAUGCUGCCCCACCUUCUGAGGAAAGUCAUGAAGUUUCCACAGGGCACUUGAAACUAGAAAGAACUGAAGGAAAAAAGUGUUUUGAAUUGAAUUUUGGGCUGUUGUACCUUUUGUUUUGUUUUAAACUAUACAGGUUAACGUCUUCCUAUGUAUACUGGCCAGAUGCUGUACUACAGGUUUUUCAGAAGGAUGCAGGGAUAGUAUAUUAAAGCAUGAGGUAUCAUUCAUUUGUGUAUUAAUCUAGAUAUACAAAGUUAAGCAAAACAGAUACUGUAAUAAUAAGUGGAGCAUGUUCCAGUUUGGUUGACUGUCUCCUCCCUUUCUUAAUUUGGUUUCCAAGUUUAAAGAUACAGCAAUCCAUACAUGAUGUACAGGAUACGGUUUUACCUUUCAGGACAGGUUAUUUGUUUCAUUCAAAAUGUUCCUGUCUUCAACUUUGAACAAUGUCUGCAUUUCAUUUUCUGCAGUGCUACUGACAGCUUUCAAGGGAAAUGCAGAGGUUCUGAGACACAUUUUUUUUGAGAUCUUGAUUGCGUUUGUAGGCUGCCAUAAUAUGAACAUUUACAUUAUGUUCUCAAGACAAAAUUCAGCUCAGAUUUGCAUUCUGGGGACAGAAAUUCUCCACUGUUCCUACUGGGUAAAUAUAUUAUUUUCUAUUGAGUGAUGCUAAGAAUUGAUAGACUCCACCUCAGUUUAACCUUUAUUUUCACCUGAGUAAGAGAAUUUGCAUGUUAUCUGGAGUUUGUAAAACGAUUUGGGAGUCAGUUUAUUAAGCUAUUACGCCAAUAAGCCAAACGUUUUUAUUCAGAUUACUAUCAUUCAAAUGAUAUGAAAAGUCACAGCUCUUAUUUUCAUGUAAGGUUUUAUGUUUGCUAACAAAGUUAUUUAAUGACAUUAAAAUAUAUGUAUUUUUA